GGUGGCGGUUUAUAAAGCCGGUCGCUGCAGUGCCUGUACUUUGUACCGGCGACCGUUUCGUAACGUGUGUCCGUGUCAAUACUAUAUAUAUAUAAAUAGUAAUAAACUAAUAAAUUUUACUAUUUUAACUUUAUAUCUUCAAUAGGAUAUUAUUAAAACUUACAUCAGAAAAUAUUCUCAUUACACGUCAUGUUUCUUUAUAGUUCAGUAUAAUUUCUAAUCACACCGGCCAUCAACGACAUACCUAGACCGUUUACGUUAGUGUCAUAAUCGCAUGUACUACAUUGACAUUUUUUUAUUGUUAAAAUAUUAAAUAUAAAAUUUUUAAAUAAUUUUUAAUUUUAUUAAAUUUUUCUACGGGAUUGACAUGCAACGAGGAAACAGGUGUUUUUAAAAAUGAUUUCGACGAAAAUCAAAGUCAAAGGUUUCGAGAUAAACUACUUUAAAAUUGGAAACGGACCACAGAAAUUAUUAAUUUUUCCGGGAGCAUUAGGUGAAGUUACAAAUUUUAGACCGCUGACGGAAAACCUCGAUCUAGAAAAAUAUACAAUAUACAUAUGGGAUCCUCCCGGUUACGGUUUCAGUCGACCGCCGAACAGAGAUUUUUCACCGGGAUUUUUAUACCGUGACGCCGACUGCGCCAUUGCCCUCAUGGAGGCUCUGGGCAUCGACAAGUAUUCGGUGUUGGGCUGGUGCAACGGCGGAUGCACCGCUCUGAUCGCAGCGUCCAAAGCCCCCGACCGAGUGAACAAGGUAGUUGUGUGGAGCUGCAACGCGUAUGUCACUGACAAAGAGCUCGACUUCUACGAGACGACGCGUGACGUUCGCGGGUGGCCCGAUGCAAGGAAACUACCGCUGUUCGAAUUUUACGGCGAGGAGUACGUGUCGGAAACUUGGUACGGGUUGAUAGACGCCUUCCGGAAAAUUCUCGACGACGAUGACGGUGACGUGUGCCGCGGAGUAUUGGCCGAAAUAAACGCGCCCACGCUCAUCCUGCACGGAACAGAGGACGGUCUCAUACCAGUCGAACACGCGGUAUACCUGCACAAUCACAUCAAGGGCUCGACACUUGAAAUAUUUCCAAAUGGCAAGCAUCUUCUACAUUUUAUGUACCCCUUAAAGUUUGUUUCGAUAGUGGAUAACUUUCUUUCAACCCAACAGUAGCUGAGUAGUGCAUGGUAACCACUAAUCACCACCACUUAUCAUGAUUUUAAAAGCUACAUUGUGUAGAAGUUCAUUUUAAAAGAAGGUAUUAAGUUUUAAGGCCUAAUAAUGUUUUAAUUAAGUUAAAUUAAUUUAACACUAUUAAAAUUGAUUUAACUUAUAAACUUGACAACGCAUUAUAAUGUGCCAUGAAUCAUGAUUAAUAAAUAACACAUUUUUUUUUA